AUGCUAGAAGGGGUGAGUUGGAGUGUUAGGGAUGGGCGUUCCACCCUGUUCUGGGAUGAUAAGUGGGUGGAUGGUGGCACAGUGCUAGCAGAGCACGCCUGGAAGAGCAAACCAGGCUUCCUAGCUGGCGCGACAGUCGCGGAGAUGACCACGACGUCAGGUGAGUGGAACAUCCAUUUGAUUGAACAGUUCUUACCUAGUGAUCUCUGCUUGCAGGUUAUAGGGAUGGCGCCACCGAAACAGGACUUGGGAGAGGACGAAAUCGUGUGGGGCUUGGAGGAGAAAGGCAACUUCACGCUACGUUCGGCGUACCAACUAGCAGCCGACGUGGAUGGGAGCGUGACACACCAAGGAUGGCGCGAUGUUUGGAGAUGGCCGGGACCGAACCGGGUGCGGCACUUCCUUUGGCUCAUGUCCCAUGGCGCGCUACUCACCAACGCGGAAAGGCAACGACGACAUCUAACACCCUCCAGCAGGUGCGCUCGCUUCAAGGAGGCGGACGAGACUCCGGAGCACACGUUCAGGACGUGCAAGUACGCCCAACAAGUUUGGAGGCAGACCGUCCCGGACGCAGCUUCACCGUCGGAUCGUAGAAGCCUCAAGGAUUGGUUCUUUUAUUUCCUCAAGCAUCCCGCGAAGCAGGUUCGUUUUGGCUUUACCUGCUGGUUCUUAUGGCGCUCGAGGAAUGACUAUGUCUUUUCAGACAUUGAGGAGCCCUCUAGUAAGUUAUCACAAAGGAUCCUAGCCUGGGAGAUCAUCGCGCAAAAAAGUAAGGCAGCGGAACAAGCCAUAUCACUGGGGAGGUCGGGGCUGAGUCGAGACGUUGCUGUUGGGUGGAGACCAGCCCCGACAGGGUGGAUCACGGUGAACUCGGAUGGUUCGCUUCUGCGAUUGUCCGAGUCUACCGUUGUAGGUGGUGCGCUUAGAGAUGGGCAGGGUCGCUUACUAGGGGCUUUCUCAAUGAAUCUGGGAAGAUGUACCAUUACUCGAGCGGAGAUCUGGGGUGCUCUUCGUGGACUGCAGAUGGCGUGGGACUCUGGUCGCAGAAGGGUCGAGCUACAGCUAGACUCUACCACGGCCAUCACUCUCCUAUCGCCAGGCUCGCCAACUAACCACUAG